AAGAAGAAGACGAAGAAGAAAACGAAUACGAAGUAGUUGCGGUUGAAACGACAAAGUGAUGAUGUCGAGUCCUGCAGUGAAACAGCCUUCUAAAAAUCCCACCACCAAAAGCUCCACUGGUCCCAGCGGGGGAAAUGUUUCGAGUGGUCCCGCUCUUCCUUUGGCAUCCCCACUCAUGGGCAAAAAGAAGAAACCGUUUCUCGGAAUGCCAGCGCCUCUCGGCUAUGUUCCCGGUCUAGGCAGGGGGGCUACAGGCUUCACCACAAGAUCUGAUAUUGGUCCUGCUCGAGAUGCGAAUGAUCCGGUGGAUGACCGGCAUGCACCUCCUGGGAAGAGGACAGUGGGUGAUCAAAUGAAGAAGACCAGCCAGGAUGACGAUGAUGAGGACCUGAACGACACCAACUAUGAUGAGUUUAAUGGGUAUGCUGGAAGCCUGUUCUCAAGUGGGCCUUAUGAGAAGGAUGACGAAGAAGCAGAUGCCAUUUAUGCAGCACUGGACAAGCGGAUGGAUGAGAGACGGAAGGAAAGAAGGGAGUUGAGAGAAAAAGAGGAGAUAGAGAAGUAUCGUAUGGAGAGGCCCAAGAUCCAACAACAGUUCUCAGAUCUGAAAAGGAAAUUAGCUGAGGUGACAGAAGAAGAGUGGUUGAGUAUUCCAGAUGUGGGUGAUGCCAGAAACAAGAGACAAAGAAACCCACGUUAUGAGAAACUUACACCAGUGCCCGACAGCUUCUUUGCUAAACAUCUACAGACAGGAGAUAACCACACCACUGUUGACCCUCGGCAAGGGCAAUUUGGUGGUUUGAACACACCUUUUCCUGGGGGAUUAAAUACACCAUAUCCAGGGAGCAUGACCCCAGGGGCUGGAGAGCUGGACAUGAGAAAGAUCGGCCAGGCCAGAAACACACUUAUGGACAUGAGGCUCAGUCAGGUUUCUGACUCUGUGAGUGGGCAGACCGUUGUGGACCCUAAAGGCUAUCUGACGGACCUCAACUCCAUGAUCCCAACACAUGGAGGUGACAUCAGUGACAUUAAAAAGGCACGUCUGUUGUUGAAGUCAGUGCGGGAGACAAACCCUCAUCACCCCCCUGCCUGGAUUGCCUCGGCACGUUUGGAGGAGGUUACUGGUAAAUUGCAGGUGGCGAGAAACCUCAUCAUGAAAGGAGCAGAGAUGUGUCCUAAGAGUGAAGAUGUAUGGCUAGAGGCUGCACGCCUGCAGCCGGGAGACACUGCAAAGGCAGUAGUUGCCCAGGCUGUACGUCACCUCCCUCAAUCUGUGCGCAUCUACAUUCGAGCUGCUGAGCUUGAGACAGACAUCAGAGCCAAAAAACGAGUUUUGCGCAAAGCUCUAGAGAAUGUAUCCAAAUCUGUGCGUCUGUGGAAGACCGCUGUUGAACUGGAGGAGCCAGAGGAUGCCAGAAUUAUGCUGAGUCGUGCUGUGGAGUGCUGUCCAACCAGUGUAGAGCUCUGGCUUGCCUUGGCACGUUUAGAGACGUAUGAAAAUGCAAGGCGCGUUCUGAACAAGGCUCGGGAGAAUAUUCCAACUGAUCGUCAUAUCUGGAUCACAGCUGCCAAGUUGGAGGAGGCCAAUGGCAACACACAGAUGGUGGAGAAGAUCAUUGACCGAGCAAUCACCUCACUGCGGUCCAAUGGGGUGGAAAUCAACCGUGAACAGUGGAUUCAGGAUGCUGAAGAAUGUGAUAAAGCUGGUAGUGUUGCCACCUGUCAGGCUGUGAUCAGAGCAGUCAUUGGCAUUGGCAUAGAGGAAGAAGACUGUAAACAUACAUGGAUGGAAGAUGCUGAGAGUUGUGUGGCUCAUGGUGCAUUGGAAUGUGCUCGUGCCAUCUAUGCCCACGCACUGCAGGUUUUUCCCAGCAAAAAGAGUGUGUGGCUGCGAGCAGCUUACUUUGAGAAGAGUCACGGCACACGAGAGUCUCUGGAGGCUCUUCUGCAGAGGGCAGUUGCUCACUGUCCCAAAGCAGAAGUAUUGUGGCUGAUGGGGGCCAAGUCCAAGUGGCUAGCUGGAGACGUCCCUGCUGCCAGAAGCAUUCUUGCAUUGGCCUUCCAGGCCAACCCCAACAGUGAAGAGAUUUGGCUGGCUGCUGUGAAGCUGGAGUCAGAGAAUAAUGAAUAUGAGAGAGCCCGAAGGCUCCUUGCAAAAGCACGUAGCAGUGCUCCCACUGCCAGGGUCUUUAUGAAGUCUGUGAAGUUGGAGUGGGUACUGGGGAAUAUUGUCGUAGCCCAAGAAUUGUGCUCUGAGGCAUUGAAGCACUAUGAGGAUUUCCCCAAACUCUGGAUGAUGAAAGGCCAGAUUGAGGAGCAGUCUGAAAACAUGGACAAAGCCAGAGAUGCCUACAACCAGGGGCUAAAGAAGUGUCCCCACUCUAUGCCCCUGUGGUUACUGCUGUCACGGCUGGAGGAGGGAGUGGGCCAGCUCACUCGUGCUCGUGCUAUCUUGGAGAAAUCACGGCUCAAGAAUCCACAGACCCCAGAGCUAUGGUUAGAAUCAGUUCGGCUGGAGUACAGAGCAGGCCUAAAAAACAUUGCCAAUACACUCAUGGCUAAAGCUUUACAGGAGUGUCCCAACUCAGGAAUCCUUUGGGCAGAGGCUGUGUUCUUAGAGGCUAGACCACAGAGAAAGACCAAGAGUGUUGAUGCCCUGAAGAAAUGCGAGCAUGACCCCCAUGUUUUACUGGCUGUUGCAAAGUUAUUCUGGAGUGAGAGAAAGAUAACCAAAGCCAGAGAAUGGUUCCUGCGAACAGUUAAGAUUGAGCCAGACCUUGGAGAUGCCUGGGCAUUUUUCUACAAAUUUGAGCUACAACAUGGUACAGAGGAGCAGCAGGAAGAGGUCAAGAAACGCUGUGAGAAUGCUGAGCCCCGGCAUGGAGAGUUGUGGUGUACUGAAUCCAAACACAUUCUCAACUGGCAGAAAAAGAUUGGAGAGAUCAUGUGUCUUGUGGCUGCCAAGAUAAAGAACACCUUUUAAAGUUUAUUAACUUGUACUUGUGUCUCUUGCUAUUAGUAUUUUAAUAAUACUUUUGAAUGUUUUUGUUUUCUGUGCUAGGCUGAUCCAGGUUUAGUGAUUCUAUGUAAAUGCAGACACUUAAGCAACAGUGGAAAUAAGCAUUAGCAGUAACUGGAAAAUAAGAUUUUGGUAUUUAGAUAUGCAAGUAUCCACUCCAUCUAUUUUAGGGUUGUGGGUUGUUUUUUUUUGUGAAUUCAGUAAAUUUACUUUUUGUCAUCUUUGCAUUUCCAGCAAGUCUAUAUUUGUCAGGGUACAAUAUUUUACAGUAUAUUUGCAAUGUGCAACUUGUCCAUUAAAUUGCUUAUGUUCACUAUAAUAAAUAAAAAUAAAGUAAA